AUUUAACUUGGGCUAGUUGAAAUGUCUUACAAUAUUUGCUACUUCCAAAUGAUAUUUUUCAGUUUAUCAAAUGAAUUGAGACGUACGUAAAAAAUCUCAAUCAAUUUUUAUUGGUGCUUUACAUAGUUAACAGUAAGAAAAUAGUCUCCCAUUUUCCUUUGCUUUUCUUUGCCCUCUCCCUAAUUAGAAUCCUGGAAAGAAUACAUAAAAAAAUCCAUUGAAUCAAACGCCAUUUUCAACCUUUUUCUGUUCCAUUAUCUUCUUAAACAGAUUUCAUCUUUGUUCCUCUUCAUUGGGUAUCAAAAUAUCGUUCCUUUCUAUUCCUAAUUAGAAUCUGCCAUUUUCUUUUAAUGGAUAGAAAAAAAGAGUCAGUAAAAACAAGGGAAGAAAUAGAGUUAAAGAAGGAAUUAGGGAAAGUGGUGAAGAAGAUUCUAAAAGAUGAGGAUUAUGGGUUUGAGAUUACAAUUGAAGCUAUAAGAAUAUUGUCUUGUUUAGCAGAAAUAAAGAUGAAGAAACCUGUUGGUCCUGCAAUGGACGAUACGAGUGUGGUUGAGAAAUUGAAGUCGCCUCUUUUAGAUGAAAUCAUGAGUGACAUUGUAGUUUUGGUCCCAAGCCAGACUUACGAUAGGCCACAAAGGAAGAAGCAGUCGAAAGAACAUAACCUAACAUGCCCGCCAUCGAUACAAGAAGUCAAUCGGGAUAUUGUUUUAAAAACGAGCACUGAGGCAGACCGGUCGUACUUGAACUCGUUGUUUGAAAUGAUGUCGUCCUUGGUUUCUGAUCAGAAGCAAGCUGCGAAAGAGCUUCGGAGACUAACAAAGACAACCAAAUCAUAUAAGGCAGCUCUUUGUGAGUCUACAAACAACAUCCCUCGGUUACUGAGUCCGUUAUCGAAAACCAAGUUUGAGCUAGACCCGGAUCUGCAGGAGGAUUUGAUCACCACAAUUUUUAACAUUUCACUUCAUGCCAACAAUAAGAAACAACUAUCAGAAAACCCUGUCGUCAUCCCUCUGCUUACUGAGUCCAUGAAAUUUGGAACCAUUAAAACAAGAAGAAAUGCUGCAGCCACUCUAUUAAGAUUAUCGGCACUCGAUUCCAACAAGUUCAUAAUCGGGAAUUCAGGUGUCGUUGCACCUCUACUCGAACUAUUACAUGAAGGGCACCCAUCAGAAAUGAAUGAUGUCGCCUUAGCAAUAUUCAGCCUUUGUAAAGUAUCUGAGAAUCGAACAAAGUUUGUCGAAACAGGAGCAGUGGAGGUGAUCAUGCAGAAGAUCAAGGAAGGUGUACUUGUGGAUGAGUUGUUGGUCAUUCUCGCAUUGCUAUCUACAAAUAGAGAGGCCAUUGAUGAACUUGGGGAUUCAAUAACCUUGCAAUGCUUGCUUCGAAUCAUAAGAGAUAGUAGCUGUGAAUGUAGCAAGGAAAAUUGCGUUGCAAUCCUAUACAAUGUGUGUUCAAAAGAUCUAACUUUGCUGAUGGUGAUCAGAGCAGAAGAGAUCAAAAAGCAUACUCUAGUGAAACUUGCAGAUACAGGGACUACAAGGGCUAGAAGGAAAGCCAUUAGCAUCAUUGCAAAAAUACAUAAAGCUUUUCCAGCUAUAUCUAUUAGGAAAUUCUUUUGACUAUUUGAAAUUCUUUUUUAUUUAACUACUAAUAAUCAUUUAGUUCAAGGUAUUGAAAAACGCAUAUGUAAUGACAUUGAUAAUUAAUUAAUUUUUAAAUAAUUAAUUGAAUUAGAAAAUUCAAAGA